AUGACUCGCACGCUCGCGCACUACGAGCGCCAGGAACAGAUUGGGGAAGGCACGUACGGUCAGGUGUACCGAGCGCGGUGCAAGGACACGGGUCGGGUCGUCGCGCUCAAGAAAAUGCGGAUGCACCACGGAGGUUACUGGGGCAUGCCGCUACAGUUUAUUCGAGAAAUCAAAAUUCUGAAGAAACUCACGCAUCCGAAUCUGCUGCAAAUGAUUGAAGUGGUCACCAGUAAGGGUAAAGAUCGCGUCUCCGACGCUAGGGAAAGCUACAAGGGGAAUCUCUUUCUCGUUCUCGAAUACGUGUCGCACGAUCUCACCGGUCUCAUGGACGUGGCUUACCAAUUCACGGAAGUGCAGGUCAAAUGCAUUUUUCGACAGUUGCUCGAAGCCUGCGCCUAUAUGCACCAGCACAAAUACGUGCACCGCGAUAUCAAAAGCUCCAACAUUCUCUUGGAUUCCCAUUUUCGCGUUAAACUCGCUGAUUUCGGUCUGGCCCGCAACAUUGAACCGCCCUUCAGUGUGGAAUUCACCAACAAGGUCAUUACCCUCUGGUACCGUCCACCCGAAAUUCUCACUGGCGCCACGCAGUACGGACCCGCAGUGGACGUGUGGAGUGCCGGUUGUAUUCUGGCCGAGCUGCUCCUGGGCAAGCCUUUACUGCCGGGCAAGUCGGAUUUGGAACAACUCAAACUCAUCGCGGACAUGCUGGGCACACCGGCUCCGGAUACGUGGGACUAUUUGUCGAGCAUGAAACGGGUUCGUUCCGGGGAAAUUACACUGGACAUGCGCAAACCCAAAGUGUCGCGUUUGCGUGACAAAUACGCGGCCAAAAUCCCCACGACUGCCAUGAACUUGUUGGACAAAUUGUUGGCUUGGGAUCCCCGCAAGCGUCUAACGGCAACAGGAGCCUUGCAAAACAAGUACUUUUGGUCGCAACCAGUGGCGCCGGAAGAUCCAGCCGAACUGGGAGAAAUACAAGUCGGCCCCGGGGGACAUUUUCACGAAUUUCAGACAAAAAAGAAACGCAAAGAAGCCAAGAUUGUGGCCGAAGCCGCCCGAGAAAAG